CUGACGCACACUGGCACAGGGAGACUGGCACCAUGCCGUACUAACCUCUCAGUGGACAAUUAAACAGGAAGAGAGGAGGUACAGGCUCAUUCACACAGGCAAAGUCACUCAUUGGCGAAGUCAUUGGGAUUGUGACGAGACAGCCACACACGAGCUCUAUGUAAAGACCCAGAGACCUCCUACAGAAAAUACCAUUACACAUGCAUACAGUACGCUCAAAUGGACCGUUUUGUUGGUCGGUGUGAAAACCAAUGUGACCAUUGAAAAUAAAGACAAAUUGUCAAGCCUUGGAAAGAUUGUAAGGAAAAAAAAACAGCUGAAUUGGAUAUUUCACUUUUACAUAUUGAGUGAAGACUGCUGACUUUUUCUCUUCAUAUUGAGUGCUCCAGUGAAUUUCACGUCUUCAACAUCAAAACUUCAAUCAAAGGAGGUACUUCUGGAGGUGAGGAUGAACGGCAGCCAAUCAAACCUGUCUCUGAAGUGUGUGCGUGACACCAGUGUGACGGCGGUGGUCUUCCCCUGUCUCUACAGCGCCCUCUUCCUGUUUGCACUGGUACUCAACUGCCUGGCUGCAUGGAUCUUCUUCAACAUCCGUAGCACCACCACCUUCGUGGUCUACCUGAAGAACGUAGUGGUGGCAGACCUGCUGAUGACUCUGUCCAUCCCAGUGAAGGUCCUCGCGGACGCCGACGUGGGCUCCUGGCGUCUGCGUGUGUUCUACUGUCGCUACUCUGCCGUCCUCUUCUACACCACCAUGUACAUCAGCAUCCUGCUCCUGGGGCUCAUCAGCCUGGACCGUUACCUCAAGAUCGUCAGGCCCUUUGGGAAGUGCGCCCUCCAGAGGGUCGGGCUGGGACAGGCUUUGAGUGCGGCCGUCUGGGCUGUGAUGGUUUCUCUGGCUCUGCCCAAUGCCGUUCUGAGUGACCGCACACCGCUGCUCUCUGGUGGCCGGCUGAAGUGUACCUCUCUAAAGGGUCAGGCCGGCAUGCUGUGGCACGAGGGCUUCAACUACUUCUGCCAAGUGGUGUUUUGGGGAACACUGGCUCUGAUGCUGUUGUGUUACACCUUCAUCAGUCGUAAAGUCUACGAGUCCUACAAAGCCUCGCGUAGUGGCUCCAAAGCGGCCAGCCGUAGGACCAAGGCCAAAGUCUUUGUGGUGGUGGGGGUGUUUUUCGUUUGUUUCGCACCUUUUCAUUUCGCCAGGGUGCCCUACACUCUCACCCAGACCCGAAACAUAGACAACCAUUGUCGGGCGCAAAACGCACUCUACAUUGCUAAGGAGACCACUCUCUGGCUGUCUGCCACUAACGUGUGUCUGGACCCGCUGAUCUAUGUUUUCCUGUGCAGGGUGUUCCGGAAAAGAUUGACUGCCACACUCAACCGCAAGCCCCUCCCCCAGGGCGGUUUGGAGUUGCCCACGGCAACCUCCACUCAGCUGGAGAUACCACAGAUGGUACAUAACAGAAUGUUGGAUGUCAGUUUGGCCUAGAAGCACAACGGACAUGUUUUUUCCCCUAGCUCUGUUAAAUUGUAAAUAUAUUUUGGCCUGUGACCAGAGUAAAGCCCUCAAAUCAUUUCUGGAUAAGUGGCUCUGUUACUAAGACAUCACCUCUGUGAUAGCCCGUGUGUGACGAGUAUUUUGGAACAAAACGGCUGGUGUUACAUCAGAUAACCAAACUGCAGCAGGGCUUUCAAAAUAUCAUGUGUACGAGACACAAGAGUCAACCCAGGCUAAUGUGUCGGUCUCUAAUGAUCGCAAAGUCAUCCUGUCUUUUUUUCUCAGUGUAAUUUACUGUCAGCUCUCACUUCCCUUUCCCUAAUCUUCGCCAAAAAAUACUUUCCUUCUCCUUCAUUUCACCAGAAAGGAAAACAACUUGACUGAGUGCUCUUAGAUAAUGUGAGUGUGACAAUGUAACAUACACGCUUACGAAAUGGUAUGUUGUUUGUGUGUAUAGUAUAGGGUGAUGCAGUCUUUACAUGUUGUUGGAAAGCAAGACAAAAGCACAGUAUCUCAGACAUCUCAUGCAAAUACACUAUAUGUACAGAAAUAUGUGGACACCACUUCAAAUUAAUAGAUUCAUCUAUUUCAGCCACACCCGUUGCUGACAGCCAUGCAUUCUCCAUAGACAAACAUUGGCAGUGGAAUGGCCUUACUGAAGAGCUCUGUGAUUUUCAACGUGGCACCGUCAUAGGAGGACACCUUUCCAACAAAUCAGUUCGUCAAGUUUCUGCCUUGCUAGAGCUGCCUACUGUAAAUGCUGUUAUUGUGAAGUGGAA